UUUAAAAAUGGUUCAAGUACAAAUUAGUGACGGUAUAUUAGAAGGAGAGGUGACCAACAAUGAAUAUGGUGGAAAAAUAUUCAGCUUCAGAGGUAUUCCGUAUGCACAACCUCCGCUAGGAGACCUCAGGUUCAAGGCUCCUUUGCCACCAAAACCUUGGAACGGAGUGCGAGAUGCUAAGAAGUUGGGAAACCAAUGUUACCACUACGAUAUUUUCUUACAAAAAAUCAGUCCAGGAAGCGAAGAUUGCCUGUACAUCAAUGUGUUCUCACCGAACAUAAAACCCGACAAGCCGCUGCCGGUUAUGGUUUGGAUUCAUGGAGGAGGUUUUACAAGCGGAAGCAGUAACGAUGAGAUGUACGGACCAGAUUUUCUAAUAAGACAGGACGUUAUUCUUGUAUCGUUUAACUAUAGACUCGAGGUCCUUGGAUUCCUUUGUCUGGACACAGAAGACGUACCCGGCAAUGCUGGCAUGAAAGAUCAGGUUGCUGCACUUAGAUGGGUUCAAAAAAACAUCAGUAAUUUUGGAGGAGAUCCUGACAAUGUUACAAUUUUCGGAGAAAGUGCCGGAGGUGCGAGUGUUUCUUUUCACCUUUUAUCACCAAUGAGUAAAGGAUUAUUUAAGAGAGCAAUACCACAAAGUGGACAUGCUAUUGCUCAUUGGCCAACAAGUUUUAUGAUUAAAGAAAGAUCGUUUCAAUUAGCUAGGGAAUUGGGAUGUAAUUCAAAAGACGAAAAGGAAGUGUCUAAGUUUUUAAAGGCACAGCCUGUAGAAGCACUUAUUAGGAAACAUAUUACAGUUACGUAUGCGGAAACAAAUAAAGAAGCUCUUAUCGUACCUUUUAAUAUUACUGCUGAAAAACAAUUUGGAAACAAUGAAAGGUUCAUGGUAGCUGAGCCUAUCGAAGUAUUACGUAGUUACGGUAUACAUGAAGGUGUGGAUGUUAUGGAAGGCUACACUGAAGACGAGGGUGUUUUAUUCCUAGGAUCUGGUCAAAGCGUCCACAAAAUGUUCACCGAGGCCAAUAAAUAUCCCGAAUUUUUCGUACCGCGAUCCAUCGCUAUACAUUGUCCACUGAUCGAUCAAAUAGAAGUAGGUAAAAUGAUAAAGAGUUACUAUUUUAAGGAUGAAGAAGUUUCUAUGGACAACGUAUACACUCUCCAAAAGUAUCUUGAUAUCGUAGGAGAUAGGAAUGUAGUCUGUCAUGCUGAUGAACUACCUUAUAUCUUCUCCAUGAAAAUAUUCACCGCAAAUAAUCCAAAUAUCGAUAUCUCACGAGUCUUCAACUUGAUAGAACAAGUUACAAAACUUUGGACAAAUUUUGCUAAAUACGGUAACCCAACGCCAGAUGAAAGUCUCGGCGUUAUUUGGAAACCAUACUCUUUAGAAGGGCAGGACUUUUUGGAUAUCGGUAAUAACUUAGUGGCUGGUUCUUCACCGGACAAGGAUGAACUGGAAUUUUGGGAACGUAUAUUCAAGAAAUAUUGUCCCAAAUUUGCUCCAUAA